AGCACGUACACAGCUAGCUGCCGAGCUCUCAAAGCCUCACUCGAAUCAUUGGCCAGCAGCAUGUUGGCUCCGAAACUCCUCUAUGAAGAUAGCUAGCAUUGUUGAUUCUGAAUGUAAUCAUCAUGGCUGAUUAAUGAAAGUUCUUUUCCCGCAAAAAAAAAAAAGAAUCAUUGGCCAGCAGCCUCGAAUCAUCAGCAUGGCGUCUGCCGCCCGUCGUCCCACGGUGCUCCUGCAGAUCGCUCUCUUCGUCGUCAUCGCGGCGGUCAUCAUCAACAGCUCCGUCUGCCUUGGGGCCGUUGUAGUAGGUCCUGGUACUCUCGACCCUAACCGCCCCGCUUUCCCGUCGCCGGGUGGUGGUGGUAAACCCUACACCGGCGGCGGCCGUGGGUGCCGCACAAUUUAUGGAUGUGGUGAUGUGCCACCGGCAGGUGGCCAACCCUGAUUACACCCGUGCGCAGACCCCAUCUCCCAAAACAAAUGCAAGGAUCGAUCGACGUAACUGGGAAACAGCGGCCUAGAUGCAUACACUAUCUGCAUGCAUGCCUCCUCCUACUUAUCAGCACGAGUUACUCUACUGACACGCACAAUCUUAAACACAGUAAUAAUAUCGUCUCGUGUUGUAUCUAUACUUAAACUCGAAUA